GAAGGAAGGAAGGAAGGAGGAAGGGGGAAGGAAGAAAGGAAGGAAUUCUUUGACUAGAAAGGCACUCCAAAGGGAAAACAUUUUCCAACGUCUCAGAGCAAUACAGGGACACAGCCAAAAUCAGAAACCACAUGUUGGAAGCCAUUUGGAAGUUCUAGAACCAAUACCCACUAUUUCUCCAAGCAGAGUUCUUGGAAUUACAUCCUGGUAAAGGUGUCUACACAACUGGUCAGGCAAUACAUAUUUAUAUACCUCCUGUGUGCACAGAAGGUGGGAUAAGUCACUGAGUAAGAUAUAAAAAUGAAUGAGAGUCAGUACCCUUGAGGAGCCUAGCUUCUGUUGGGGAGAGAAGAUUCUCAAAAGUAAUCCUGGUUUGUGUUGGUGGAGUUCAGAAGACAUCACCAUGAACUGAUGUGUUUAAGGAAAGUUUCCUGGUAAGAGGGGGACUCCAGCUUGAGUCCUGAAGGAUACUUAUGGAUUUGUUUAUGGAAUGGAUUUCCAUAAACAUAUGAGAAAUGAGAGGAGUAGAGAGGACCUAUGGGGAACAAAGGCUUGGGGAUAUUCUGGAGUAAGUACACCCCAGUGGCUAUCAUGAAGAGUUUGUGAAGGUGACCAGGAAGAGAAAAUAGGUUGGGCUCACUCCUGGAAGGUUUUGAAUGCCAGUCUAAGGACUGUGAACCUGUCAAGGACUCAGUUUCCUCAUAUGUAAAAUAAAGAAUCAGAGUAGGUGAUUUCUUUUUGUGUGUGUGUGGUUUAGUAUAUGUUAUCUUUAUUUAAUUAAUUAAUUAAUUUAGAAUAUUUUUCCAUGGUUACAAGAUUCAUGUUCUUUCCCUCCCCUCCCACCAAUCCCCUCCUGUAGCAGAGUAGGUGAUUUCUAAGGACCUUGGCAAAAAGUCAACAUGCUUCGAAUCUGUGUCUUGAUAUCAUGUUGGGCAGUGAGGAAGAUUUCUGAGCAGAAUAGCAAUAUGACAAAAGCAUUUUUUUAAAAGGAAGAUGAACUUGAUAAUAGCGUGCACACUAGCUUGGUCAGGGAGAGGCAGUGGUGGUCGUGGUUAUGAGGUCAUCAAGCUAAGUGGCUAGGAGGUUCUCUGGAUGACUUCCAGUAAGUAGCAGAGCCUUACUCUAACCUGAGGCUUCUCAAAGUCGGAUGCUUCAUCACCGCUCCAUGCUGCCUAUAUGAGAUAUGGUUAUCAUGAGGAUAAAAUUAGAUAAUGGACCUGUAAAUGCUUUGCAGAAUGUAAAGCAUUAUAUCCAUGUUUUAUUAAUGACAAAAACAAUGAUUGGGUGGGUAAGAAUGGUUAAGACUAUGAACAUGUCAAAGGACUGUUUUGGAGUUUUUAGAGUCAUUCUAAUGAGCUGUGGACAUUUGGCAACUGUUUAAAUCCCAAUUUGUUUUUGGUCUAGUGGAGAAACAGUGAGGAAAAAGCACUGGAUUUUAUGCCAGAGAACUUUGUUUUGAAUCUUGGUUCUGCUCUUUCUCUCCCUGUGAUCAUGGCCUAGUCACUUCUUCUCCAUAGUCCUCAGUUUACUCAUCUGUGAAACGAAGAUUGAGAUUAGGGGUUCUCUAACUUUUUGGUCCCAGCGUUAUAUUCUUAAAGAUUAUUGAGGAUCCCCCAAAGCUUUUGUUUAUGUGGUUUAUAUCAGUAUUCAUUUUAUUAGAAAUGAAAACAUCUUAGUAUUUGUGAAUUUUAGAUUUAUUCCACCCUGCUUAGUCUUUAGAAUUCUAGCAACCAGGAAUGUAUACACCCCCACUUAAGGAUUAACUGUAGGGGAGGAAGGAAAGUCUAUGACCCACAUGUGCUAGCAAGUGACAAAUCAGAAACAACUGACUGACCCCCUGGGCUGUGUAAAAACCAAGUUUAAGCCACCAUUGGUACAUGUGAGACACAGGAAGUGACAUAAAGAACUGCCUUUAUAUUUUGAGUAACUUCCUGUGAGAGGGCCUGGGUGGUGGAACUUGACUUGGAGGAGGACCUCGUGAAGAUUAUUUUGACCUCAUGGAUCCCCUGAAAGAGUCCUAGGGCCCCCCUGGUAGAUACCAGACCACACUGUGAGAAGUACUAGACUAAAUGACAUCUCUAAAUCCAUCUAGAUCCCUAGUCCUCCUCUUUCUUUCUCAUUCCUCUUUGCCCAAUAUCACAGAUUCUAGCACGCAAGAAUUCAUUGGCAGAGCCUUAACUAUCACUGAGUGAAUGGACUCUGCUCCAGGGCACUGAUGUCUGGUGUGUUUUCAUCCAAUAUCCCUCCAAAAUCCAUUCCCUUCUCAGAGUCAUCCUUCUCUCUCUCCCAGCCUCUCCGGGAAGCAGGCUGCCUCCUUUCCCAACCCAAUUCUACAAACAGUUGGACUGUCCUCUUCAAAACUGUUGCUCCAAACACAUUCCUUAUGAUUUUUUAACUAAUUCAAAAGAAAAAAUCCCAGCUAGGGCUCUGCCAGUAGACCAUUAGGGUCUAACCACAUUCGGAAGCUACAGGUGUGUAACUGAUUGUACCAAGGGCUGUGAUAAAUUUGGGUCAGUGAGUGAUUGUCAUUUUAAAUGAUCAUCAGGCCAUACCCACGCAGGAAUCUGACUGUGUCCCCACUAUGGAAAAACGUGGAUUCACUUGCCCAACAUUGUUCUCCCUUUUCUUCUCCCCCCACCCCCUCUCUGGAGCCAAACUUGGCCAGUGGUUAAUAUUUAGCCUCCAUUAGGUAAGCUUCUCUCCUUCCAACCUCCCUCAGCAGGGCCUAGAAAGCCUAGAGAGGAAGUUGGGGAGGCGGGGGAGCAGGAGGAAUGCAUGCCAGGCAGAGAGGAGCGCCAGAGUGAGACCCGGUUAGACUAAAAAGCCAGCCUGCGCAGGCCGAGGCCCUGACUCAGGCCCGAGGCCAAGGUGAGUGGAGGAAACCAAGAAAGAAGCCAAGAAAGAGGAAGAAGAAGCAGGAGGAGUUGCCUCCUCCUUGCUGCUGUUGCUACUGCUGCUGCUGAUCUGGCCAGGAAGUUGUCGUGGCAACGGGAGGCGGGGAGGAGAUGCACCGAGGGAUGGAGGUCUGUGUCACCGCUGCUGCCUGCUGCACCUCAGCCCCAUGCCCAGGGGCCUUGAAUUAAAGGGCUCUGUGACUGAUCCUGUCCCCGAGAUCCCAGCUGCAUGGAACGGCUGCAGAAGCAACCGCUCACCUCCCCUGGGAGCGUGAGCUCCUCCGGAGACUCCAGUGUGCCUGGCUCUCCCUCCAGCAUUGUGGCCAAGAUGGACAAUCAGGUACUGGGCUACAAGGAUCUGGCGGCCAUCCCCAAGGACAAGGCCAUCCUGGACAUUGAACGGCCAGAUUUGAUGAUCUAUGAGCCACACUUUACCUACUCCCUCCUGGACCAUGUGGAGUUGCCCCGAAGCAGAGAGCGUUCCCUGUCACCCAAAUCUGUAUCUCCCCCACCAUCCCCAGAGGUGGUAUGGCCAGAAAGCAGGUCUCCAGGAACUGUGUCUCAGACUACAGCACCCAGGACUAGUGGGACUCCCCGGAGCAGCCUUCCUCACUUCCAUCGACCUGAGACCACUCGGGCAGAGUUGAACAUUUACAAAAAACCACCCAUCUACAAGCAGAGAGAGUCUGUGGGAAUGAGUCCACAGAGCAAACACCCCAUUGAGGACCUCAUCAUCGAGUCAUCCAAGUUUCCAGCAGCCCAGCCCCCGGACCCCAACCAGCCGGCUAAGAUAGAAACUGACUAUUGGCCAUGUCCGCCAUCUCUGGCUGUUGUGGAAACAGAAUGGAGGAAGCGGAAGGCGUCUCGGAGAGGAGCAGAAGAGGAGGAGGAGGAGGAGGAAGAUGAUGACUCAGGGGAGGACAUCAAGGCUCUCAGGGAGCGGCAGAGAGAGGAACUCAGUAAGGUCACCUCCAACUUGGGGAAGAUGAUUCUGAAGGAGGAGAUGGAAAAGUCCUUACCCAUUCGUAGGAAAACCCGCUCCCUGCCUGACCGAACACCCUUUCAUACCUCCUUGCAUGCAGGAACAUCCAAGUCUUCCUCACUCCCAGCCUAUGGCCGGACCACCCUCAGCCGGCUACAGUCCACAGAAUUCAGUCCAUCAGGGAGUGAAGCAGGAAGUCCAGGCCUUCAGGUGAGUGGUCUCCGAAGGGGAACCUUCCCUGCCAGGAAUCUGGAAUUCCCAGGAUGUGUCAGCUGGGAGGUGGGGGGAAUGAGGGGCUGAAGAGCUGACUGAUAAAGAGGAGAAAAGCCCCGGGUAGGGCUGGGGAAGGCUCCUCUCCCCACUCUGGCUCAUGGCGGCUUUGGUCCCCUGCAGAAUGGAGAGGGCCAGAGGGGGAGGAUGGACCGGGGAAACUCUCUGCCUUGUGUGCUGCAGCAGAAGCAGAUUUAUCCUUAUGAGAUGCUGGUGGUGACCAACAAGGGACGUUCCAAGCUGCCUCCAGGUGUGGACAGGAUGAGGCUUGAGAGACACCUAUCCGCAGAAGACUUCUCGAGGGUGUUUGCCAUGUCUCCUGAGGAAUUUGGCAAGCUGGCUCUGUGGAAACGCAAUGAACUCAAGAAGAAGGCGUCCCUCUUCUGACCGCCCUUGCCCUCUCUUUGACCCAGCCCCAAACACCUGCUUCAGGGCUUUGGACGUAGGAGUUGUGGGAUCCCAAAGUCCCUUCCUUCCCUGCUGAGUGGGAGCAGCCGCCUCGGAGGGAAGUGGGGGGGGGGUGAAGAAGGGCAGAGGGGACCAGGAGGGGGAGGCCCAGACUCCACAGGUGUGGGCCCAGGGACCAGAGACUUCCUCCACCUCCUUUGCGCACCCCACCCUUCCCAUCACACCAGGCGGACCCACGCUCUCUGGUACAAAGGGCCCGCUCCCACGUCCACACCGGGGGUCCACGGUGUAACAUCUGCCCAAAUCAGGUACUGAGAGAAGUGAGGGUGAGGGAUGGGAGGACAGAGAAAGCAGAAGGCAAAUUGGGACACUCCGGGCUUCUUCCUCUGGUGGCGGAGCCCCAAGCUGAGGAGCUGUCUUCCAGCGCAGUGUGUUCCUUUCCCCGCUGCCCCAAGCUCUGGAGCUUCUUGUCCUAGACCUCUGGCUUCCCCUGAUGCCCUGGGCUAGCCGGGAAUAGAUACUCUGAACACAACCUCUCACUCCAUCAGCAGCCUCAAGUCAAAGCCUGAUAGAAUUCUGGUCUCCAGCACCCACCAGGCCCCUGGGGACAAGCCCCAGGGAGGUUCCCACAGGGCCCCCCCAGGCCUCUUACGCCCCCCACUCAUCCAUCCCACAGGGAGCUCUUAAAAGAAUGUAAUUUAUUGGGGCACCCCCUAGCUGCUCUCCCCACCUAACCCUCCCCAUCCUCAUGACCCCCGACACGACACUCCUUGCUUCUCAUCUCUACAAAUAUAUAUAUAUAUAUGUAUAUAUCUUUUUUUUUUCUGCUCAGGCCUGGGCUCUCUUCCUCCCCAGAUUGUGGCAUCCUUGACCACUCUCUGUAUGUGGUCACGUUGGGGAUGGCGGAGGGAGAGGAGAGAGGGAACUCUGAUUGGAAUUAAAUGACUGGAUCCGG